AUGUGGAUGCGGCACGUCAAACACUUGAAACCGACAUCCUGCACUCAAGAACCGAAUCUUGAACCAGAAUUGUCCCUGAAAAUAUUAAUGGACGAAUUCGCCAUGCCAAUUUCCAGCCGCGAGUCACAAAAACCAGCACCCUCAGUAAAGGCCGACGAAACCCUGCAACCUCGACGACAAACGGAUCGCACGCGCACAGUAAAAAAGCCGUUCCAAAUCCCCCGAUUUUACGAUCCUACGACCAGCCGUCGAGCCGACGGAGCCGAAGCAACCCGUCCGAUCGCGCACGCCUUCGAGUCAGGCCACACACACACAACGCGCCAGACAGGCUGA